GGACUGGGAAGGGAUGGGAUUGUCAGGUCAGACGUUUCUUUCACGCUUCCUUUCAUCAAAAUUAAUAAACCUAGAAAACAGCGAAGACUCCUUCCUAUAGAAGAAACAGAGAGAGAGAGAGAGAGAGAAAGAGAGAGAGGUGUGGUCAGUUGAGGGCGAAUGGGAUGGGCGAUCGCCUUACACGGUGGCGCCGGUGACAUCCCUCUAGAUCUGCCACCGGAGCGCCGAGAGCCUAGAGAGGCAGCCCUUCGUCAAUGCCUAGAUAUCGGAGUCGCAGCUCUCAAAGCCAAACGAGCUCCUCUGGAUGUCGUCGAGCUUGUGGUACGUGAACUGGAGAACUGCCCGCACUUCAAUGCUGGUAGGGGGUCUGUCCUAACCAGCCAAGGCACGGUUGAAAUGGAGGCCUGCAUAAUGGAUAACACAAAGAAAUGUGGAGCUGUUUCUGGUCUUACAAAUGUAAUGAAUGCCAUAUCUCUAGCUAGGCUGGUUAUGGAGAAAACUCCUCACAUAUAUCUUGCAUUUGAAGGUGCAGAGGCAUUUGCAAGGGAACAAGGAGUUGAAACUAUGGAUCAAAGCCAUUUCAUUACCCUAGAAAAUAUUGAGAGACUAAAGCAAGCAAAAGAAAGCAACAGAGUUCAGGUAGAUUAUACACAGCCUAUCCUGAAAGAAACCAUUGUAGCUGAUGGGGAAAGCCAAGUGGGGACUGUUGGUUGUGUGGCUGUUGAUGUCCAUGGAAAUUUAGCUGCUGCAACUUCUACCGGUGGAUUAGUGAACAAGAUGGUGGGAAGGAUUGGAGACACACCCAUCAUUGGCGCAGGGACAUACGCCAAUAGCUUUUGUGCUGUCUCUGCCACGGGAAAAGGUGAAGCAAUAAUACGAGCUACUGUUGCACGUGACGUGGCUGCUCUGAUGGAGUACAAGGGGCUUUCGCUGCAGGAAGCAGCGGCUUAUGUUGUAGAAAAGUGCACCUCAAAGGGCACAACUGGCUUGGUUGCUGUGUCUUGUACUGGAGAAAUAACCAUGCAGUUCAACACGACAGGCAUGUUCAGAGCUUGUGCUACAGAAGAUGGACAUUCAGAAAUUGCAAUAUGGCCUUCUCUGUCAAGUUAAUCUCACUGUUUGUCGACUUGAUCAGCUUGUUGAGUCUUGGAUGUUACAAUAUUGUGGUAAAAGAACAGACAAUAAGGACCCAAAAUACUAAAAUUGAACAAUAUGGGUUGUCUGUAAGAUUAGCCUAAAUCAUGAGGGUGCUCGGUUGAAUGUGUAAUUUCUUCUUUUGGCUUC